AUGUCUGAACUUCAUCUUCAUCCUCCUCCUCCUCAGCAGCAGGCGCUUCUGGACGCACUGCAGAGGGCGAUGAAGACCUUGACAAACAACGAAUGCUCCAAUCACAGUUUUGGUAGCUUGGGCUCCUCCAGUGAUAAAGAGUCAGAGGGAUCAGAUGGGAAAAGAGGAAGUUCUCCUGCGUAUUCAACUCCUGAAAAGAAGCACUCUGAAUCAUCACGGGGCAGGAAGAGGAAAGCUGACAACCAAUCAGAGAGCAGUCAGGGGAAAUCUGUCAUUCGGGGACCCAAAAUUAGUGAUUAUUUUGAUACCCGGCAGAGCAGCUCGUCUCCCACCAGUCUGUGUUUUGGCGACUCUUUGGUUUCUUCUAGACAGAUGGCGGUCAAGAGUGUUCAGACUGCCCUGACGGUGGUGAAACUGGCCGCUAUAGAGAGCAAUAAAAACUUGGACCUGGAGAAGAAGGAGGGCAGGAUAGACGAUCUGCUGCGGGCAAACUGUGAUCUUAGGAGACAAAUUGAUGAGCAGCAAAAGCUUCUAGAAAAGUACAAAGAACGUUUAAACAUGUGCAUCACGAUGAGCAAAAAACUUCUGAUUGAGAAGAGCACACAGGAGAAGCAGGCGUGUCGGGAGAAGAGCAUGCAGGAUCGACUGCGUUUGGGUCAUUUCACCACUGUGAGACGCGGAGCCUCGUUUACAGAGCAGUGGACAGACGGCUACGCCUUCCAGAACCUCGUCAAACAGCAGGAAUGGAUCAUUCAACAACGGGAAGAAAUCGAGAGACAGCGGAAACUGUUAGCUAAGAGAAAACCCCCAUCAGCCAGCAGCUCACAGUCGCCCAGCACCAACUCUGAACCCAAACCACGCAAGACCAAGGCUGUGAAUGGUUCCGAGAACGACCCUUUCCUCAAACCCAGCCUUCCUCAGCUGCUAACUUUAGCGGAGUACCAUGAGCAGGAGGAGAUCUUCAAACUGAGACUCGGCCAUCUCAAAAAGGAGGAGGCAGAGAUUCAGGCAGAGCUGGAGAGGUUGGAGAGGGUGCGAAAUCUUCACAUCCGAGAGUUGAAAAGAAUAAACAAUGAAGACAGUUCACAAUUCAAGGACCAUCCCACCCUGAAUGAGCGCUACCUGCUGCUACAUCUGCUGGGUCGAGGUGGUUUCAGUGAGGUCUACAAGGCGUUUGACUUAAUUGAGCAACGCUACGCCGCUGUGAAGAUUCAUCAGCUCAACAAAAACUGGAGAGAGGAGAAGAAAGAAAACUACCACAAACACGCCUGUCGGGAAUACCGAAUACAUAAACAGUUGGAUCAUCCCAGAAUAGUUAAACUGUACGAUUACUUUUCACUGGACACAGACACGUUCUGUACGGUUUUGGAAUACUGUGAAGGAAAUGAUCUGGAUUUCUACUUGAAACAGCACAAGCUGAUGUCUGAGAAAGAAGCUCGCUCUAUCGUCAUGCAGAUUGUUAAUGCUUUACGAUACCUGAACGAGAUCAAGCCACCCAUAAUACACUAUGACCUCAAACCCGGGAAUAUUUUACUGGUAGAUGGAAAUGCAUGUGGAGAGAUAAAGAUCACAGAUUUCGGACUGUCUAAAAUCAUGGACGAUGACAACUAUGGAGUAGAUGGGAUGGACCUGACAUCACAAGGGGCAGGCACUUACUGGUACUUACCCCCGGAGUGUUUUGUGGUGGGUAAAGAGCCUCCAAAGAUCUCCAAUAAGGUGGAUGUCUGGUCUGUCGGUGUCAUAUUUUUCCAGUGCCUCUAUGGAAGAAAGCCAUUUGGCCAUAACCAGUCCCAGCAGGACAUCCUACAGGAGAACACCAUCCUGAAAGCCACAGAGGUUCAGUUCCCUUCCAAACCUGUUGCCAGCAAUGAGGCCAAGGCGUUCAUCCGCCGGUGUCUAGCCUACAGGAAGGAGGACCGGUUUGAUGUGCACCAGCUGGGAAGUGACUCCUACCUGCUGCCUCACAUCAGACGGGCCAGUUCUUCAGGAGCCCUGGCACCAAACUCCAGCUCCUACUGACAGCUUGCACUGAACACUGCCUGACAGCCCGGCUGGCCAGCGGCUGAUCUCCGUCCCUGGAGCAGGGCGUGACCAUUUCCAGGCAGCCGGAAGGAAAAGAAGCUCAGCUUGAAGAAGUUUGUCUUGAAUUCAUGAGAUUUGGGUUUACUGAGAAAAGUGUUUCGAAAGAGAAUAAAGAAAAAUAAAGCAUGAACAUGUAGACACACCCAGAGAAUGUCACAAAGAGAAAAAUAAUGCCUUCUGGAGAUUCGAUAGGGCACAGCUACUGUUAAGUACUUUGAAAUGCGACUGUUGUCAUUUGGUUUUUCACAUGGUUGCCUCCCAGUUCAACAAAGAGAGAGACCUGGCAAACCACUGUCAAUUCCCACGGUCUCUGCUGGGUUUCCCUAAAUUAAGGAUUUCUUUGAAGAGCCUCCGUUCAGAGUUACUGUAACUGGCCUGCAAAGGUUGCAUUCUUCACUCUGUAGUAAUGUCAUGUGGUACAGACGACAGUGUUAGCUUUCCUUGCUUUGUUCAACUAGCUACGAGAAUGUAAUUCUAGCAUACCGAGCGGCUGCUGGCACACUAGGCCCAGGCAGCAUACUAAUGUUAAAUGCACAAAAGAACCAAAUGUAGACGAAUGGCAGUGUACAGAAUCCUAUGCAGGACAAAAUAAAAGUAUCCCCUCUGGAGAAUUCAUGUAUAUUUGUUGUACAGGACCUUAAUUUCAGAUAUUAACUUUCAGCAGAUUCAUUCUGUACAGAGGUUUAACAUUUUGCCCUAUUUCUUGUAAAUUUUAUUUCCGUGUUUUUUUUUUUGUUUCGUUUUUUGCUGCUUUGAUGUUGCUCUUUUUCAAACCGCUGUAUAAUGUACUUUGGGUAUAAAUUGUACAGUCCUGUUAAAAGAAUAAUUGCAAAUAAAUGCCAGGAAGCUC